GGACUUAGGUCAGUGAUGUUACCAUCUUUCUCACUGACAAGGAAUGAGAGAAGGCACAGGGCAAUACCCUCAUUACUUCCACUGCAAGGAAUUUGAAGACCGUGAGUCUUAGGGGCACUUGAAAACAUACCUCUACAGUGAGGAGCUCGUUCCCUUGACUCACUCUUUCCAAGACUGGACAAUUCUUCUCAUGGGAAGUUCUCUGCUAUUGAACUGACAUCCUUGUCUGGGACUUUCAUCCACCUAAGAGGGUGAGAACACCUUUGAAGAUGAAGUUUGUUCAGAAUUGGCAGCCAUUGGAAGAGUCUGUGAAACCCUCUCGGUGCCCAGAGCUCCAGGACCAAUGCAUCUUCCCAGCAUCUUCAGCCACUGAGUUGCCCAGGGUCCUGGUUGCGGAAGACGCGUCCUGCCCCCACCAUGAGCUCGGAGUGUGACAUGGCUGCCUCCAAGGCCAUGCUGAACGGCCUGGCACCUGGCAGUGACGGGCGAGACAAAGCAACUGCUGACCCUUUCCGUGCACGCUCUGUCUCUGCUGUUAAAAUCAUUCCCGUGAAGACAGUGAAAAGUGCUUCAGGCCUGGUGCUGCCUGCAGAAAUGGAUCCUACAAAAAUCUGCACCGGGAAGGGAGCAGUCACUCUCCGGGCCUCGUCCUCCGGCAGAGAAGUCCCAAGCAGCAGUCCCGCGAGUCCUCAAGAAACACCGCGACAUGGAAGCCAUCCAGAUGAGUGCAGGCUGUCUUCCAGUGCUGAUGCCAAUGGGAACGCCCAGCCUUCUUCACUCGCUGCCAAGGGCUUCAGAAGCGUGCACCCCAACCUUUCUUCUGACAAGCCCCAGGACGCCACCUCGUCCAGCCCGGCCCAGCCUGAGGUAAUAGUUGUCCCUCUUUACCUGGUUACUACCGACAGAGGGCACGAAGGUGAGGCCGAGGGUGCACCGGGCUGCGUGCCCACGGCGCCAGCCACCGCCUCUGCCGCCUCGCCUCUGACCUUCCCGACUCUAGACGAUUUCAUUCCCCCGCAUCUGCAGAGGCGGCCCCACCGCGGCUCGCCAGCCAGUGCUUGUGGCUCCUUGUCCCCCGUUAGCCACGCACCACCACCAUCCUUCUCACCACCACCUCCGCUGGUCCCUCCGGCCCCGGAGGACCUCCGCAGCGUCUCAGAGCCUGACCUCACGGGAGCUGUUCCAAGUACCGGUUCCAGUCUGCUACUAAAUGAAGUGUCAUCUUCUCACACUGGAAGCGACUCCCAGACCUCCACACCAGUGAGCAAGCCCUCGUCCGCCUACCCUUCCACCACCAUCGUUAACCCUACAAUCGUGCUCUUGCAGCAUAACCGAGAACAGCAAAAACGACUCAGUAGCCUUCCAGAUCCUGCCUUGGAGAGAAGAUUGGGAGAACAGCCCUUGGCACCAGCCCAGGAAAAACCCACCUCACCUGUCCGGGCCACAGAGCCAAAGUCCAAGGAUGGCGGCAGGCGGGCGGUUCAGAGCGCACAGGACUUGAGUGACACGUCGAUGGAUGCAGUGGGCAUCCCACUCCGGAACACCGAGAGAUCAAAAGACUGGUACAAGACCAUGUUUAAACAGAUCCACAAACUGAACAGAGACACACCUGAAGAAAACCCUUAUUUCCCUACGUACAAAUUCCCUGAACUUCCUGAAAGCCAGCAAAAUUCUGAAGAUGACGAUUCGGAUCUGUACUCUCCCCGGUACUCCUUUUCUGAAGAUACAAAGUCUUCCCUUUCUGUGCCUCGCUCAAAAAGCGAGAUGAGCUACAUUGACAGUGAGAAGGUAGUUAAGAGGUCAGCCACACUGCCCCUCCCGGCCCGCUCUUCCUCGCUGAAGUCAAGCCCAGAAAGAAACGACUGGGAGCCUCCAGAUAAGAAAGUGGAUACGAGAAAAUACCGUGCAGAGCCCAAAAGCAUUUACGAGUAUCAGCCGGGCAAGUCUUCCGUUCUGAGCAACGAAAAGAUGAGUCGGGAUAUAAGCCCUGAAGAGAUAGAUUUAAAGAAUGAACCUUGGUAUAAAUUCUUUUCGGAAUUGGAGUUUGGGAAACCGCCUCCCAAAAAGAUAUGGGAUUAUACUCCUGGAGACUGCUCUAUCCUUCCUAGAGAGGAUAGAAAGACUAACCUAGACAAAGAUCUCAACCUCUGCCAAACAGAGUUAGAGGCAGAUAUAGAAAAAACGGAGACGCUUAACAAUGCUCCUGGCGCAGCCCGGCCGCAGAGCUCAGCAGUCAGCCCCAGUCUGGAAAUUUCCACGGAGCCUCCUGGGUAUGUGUAUUCUUCCAACUUGCACGCAGUGAAGAGGGAAGCAGAAGGUGUUCCGGGGGAUCUCACUAGCCUGGAGAACGAGAGGCAGAUUUAUAAGAGCGUCUUGGAAGGUGGCGACAUCCCUCUCCAGGGCCUCAGUGGGCUCAAGAGACCAUCCAGCUCGGCCUCCACAAAAGAUUCGGAGUCACCAAGACACUUCAUCCCAGCCGAUUACCUGGAAUCCACGGAGGAAUUCAUCCGCAGACGUCACGACGACAAGGAGAAACUUUUAGCGGACCAGCGACGACUUAAGCGCGAACAAGAAGAGGCUGAUAUCGCAGCGCGCCGCCACACGGGCGUCAUCCCCACACACCAUCAGUUUAUCACUAACGAGCGCUUUGGGGAUCUCCUCAAUAUAGACGAUACUGCAAAACGAAAAUCUGGGUCAGAGAUGAGACCUGCCAGAGCCAAAUUUGACUUUAAAGCUCAGACGCUAAAGGAGCUUCCUCUGCAAAAGGGGGACAUCGUUUACAUUUAUAAGCAGAUCGACCAGAACUGGUACGAAGGGGAGCACCACGGCCGGGUGGGCAUCUUCCCACGCACCUACAUCGAGCUCCUUCCUCCUGCAGAGAAGGCUCAGCCCAAGAAGUUGACGCCGGUGCAGGUGUUGGAAUAUGGGGAAGCUGUCGCUAAGUUUAACUUUAAUGGUGACACACAAGUGGAAAUGUCCUUCAGAAAGGGCGAGAGGAUCACACUGCUUCGACAGGUGGAUGAGAACUGGUAUGAAGGGAGGAUCCCUGGGACGUCCCGACAGGGCAUCUUCCCCAUCACAUACGUGGAUGUGAUCAAACGGCCGCUGGUGAAAACCCCCGUGGAUUACAUUGACCUGCCUUACUCCUCCCCGAGUCGCAGUGCCACUGCGAGCCCACAGUUUCCUAGUCACAGCAAGCUCAUCCUGCCAGCCCCCUCAUCUCUGCCCCACUCCCGCCGAGCUCUGUCCCCCGAGAUGCACGCCAUCACCUCGGAGUGGAUCUCGCUGACUGUAGGGGUCCCAGGCAGACGUGCUCUGGCUCUGACCCCACCCUUGCCACCUCUGCCUGAGGCUUCUGUCUAUUACCCUGACCACCUGGCCUUGUCAGCGAGGGCUCGUCCCUCCCUGGCUCUCAGCCUCCCCCAUUCAAGCCGGUCAGAUGGCUCUACUACACGCUCCACGGUCUCCCCGCUGGCUCUGCCACCCCCUGACAAGGCCUAUUCCCUGGCAUCCAGUGCCCGGGCCCCAAUUCACAUCAACGGAGACAGUGGAGUUCACAUGGCACCUCCCGGCACCCUCCAAGAUAGCUUCUCUCAGUCGCUGCUUGGGAGCUCUGAUAGGGUCAUCUCAGAGCUUAGCGAUGCAUUUAACAGCCAGAGCAAGAGGCAACCAUGGCGAGAAGAGAAUGGCCACUAUGAGAGGAAAGCAGAGAGGGAGGCGGGGGAGAGAUACCCUGGUGGACUCGCCAUCUCUAAGAAGAGCUGCUUGAAGCCUUCAGACGUGGUCAGGUGCCUGAGUACUGAACAGAGACUCCCCGAUCUCCACCUCCCUGAGGAGAGCCGGCCCAGGAAGCCUCUGGACAGCCCUCUUCCAGUAGGGGAGGCUGGGCAGCCAGAGCUGCAUAGAGGUGGCCAGCAGGCUGGGAGGAGAGCCGCUCAGCGUGCUGUGAGCCAGCCUUCUCAUCAUUCAUUGAGAGCAGGACCUGAUCUCACAGAAUCUGAAAAGAGCUAUGUGGAAGCAGUUUGCAAUGAGAUCAUAAACAUUGCCGAAAAGUCUGUUCAUUACUGCAGCACUAUCUCUCAUCCCCUUGACUUUCAUCACAAGCUAUCCCCUUCUGACAAUAAACCAUCUUUCAUCAUUUCUCAGCAACCUCAAGCCCAGCAACGAAGAGUCACUUCAGACAGGAGUCAAACCCCACAAGAAUCAUUUAGCUACCAAGCAUUAUAUAGCUAUAUACCACAGAAUGAUGAUGAGUUGGAACUCCGCGAUGGAGACAUCGUUGAUGUCAUGGAAAAGUGUGACGACGGCUGGUUUGUUGGUACUUCAAGAAGGACAAGGCAGUUUGGUACCUUCCCAGGCAACUAUGUGAAACCUUUGUAUCUAUAAGAAGACUGAAAGCCAGAGAAAUUAUUUUUCUUGGAAGAUGAAGUCGAAGUCAUGACUGGUCUCUUUAUUUAAACUUGAGUACAGUAGGAAAAUCAAUGCAGUGGAUGAAGAAACAAAAGUGGAGAAAAGUGUCUUGUUUAAAAUCCAUGCUUAAGUUUAUUGUGCAUCAGACAGGGCUGAACUAUGUUCUGGGCAAAAAGAAUUGAGGCAGAGCCCGUAUUUUCAUACCUGCUUCUGGGAGCCACUCCAGCCUUUACCUCCCACCCACCUCCUGCGUAAUCUGAGUGGAGUAGAGUCCAGGAGCAAUUAGCCAGAAAUGCCUCCUGCUGGCAUGGCCUUAACUGGCUCCCUUGUCAGAGUCCUUGAGCCUGAAGCAAGCCCCAGAGCAGGAGGCAGAAAAGUCCCAAGCCAUUUUCCAAAUGCUCCAAGCCUGAGUAUCUACCUGUUCCCCCAUCCCUGGGCUGUCCUGGAGCCAGCUGAUCGCUCAUGCUUAUCAGUCUGUGCUGUCAAGGCAAUCCCCAGACCGCAGUAGGGUUCCCAAGUUUAUACCACACUGAGUCCCUCUUUGGACCUGCUGGGGCUUCCAUAGGGAGAUAGAGGCAGGAUAUAGGCGUCCUUUGCCUUCAGCUUGCUGCGCUCCAUGGCCACUGACAGCCCUACUGCUCAAAGAAGCCUGUGACAGUCGCCCCUGGGAACUGAGGUGUAGGUGGCCAGGUAAACAGGUUACAUUACAGUUUUCAAGCUUUCAAGUUGAGAAGCCCUGCCGCUCUCCGGGUCCCG